UGUCCCCGGAACCACCCGCUCUUAUACAAUUCUUGAGUCGCUUUGAAACGUCCGAUCUUAGCCAGCUUCACUCCUCCAUCUCAACGGCAUGACGGGCAGCGUAUUACUUUCUGUCCAUUUGGAUUGUGUUUCUACUAAUGGAGCUUUUGAAUGAUUCAGCAGUAAAGUAGCGUUAUGCUGGUCCACUGAAACCAACUCAGUCAAGCUUCACAAUGCCUGUGCAGGCGGCACAGUGGACAGAGUUUCUCUCAUGUCCGAUCUGCUACAAUGAGUUCAAUGAAAAUGUCCACAAGCCCAUUAGUCUUGGAUGUUCACACACUGUUUGCAAGACUUGCCUGAACAAACUUCACCGCAAGCAAUGUCCCUUUGACCAGACUACCAUCAACACAGACAUUGACAUUCUGCCUGUUAACUUUGCACUUCUUCAGUUAGUUGGUGCCCAGGUGCCAGAUCAGCAGACAGUGAAUUUGAGUAAUGUGGGUGAAAAUAAACACUAUGAGGUGGCGAAGAAGUGUGUUGAAGACUUGGCUUUAUAUUUAAAGCCUUUAAGUGGAGGAAAGGGUGUUGCUAAUUUGAAUCAGAGUGCACUGAGUCGGCCAAUGCAAAGGAAAUUGGUCACCCUUGUUAACUGUCAGCUGGUGGAAGAAGAAGGUCGAGUUAGAGCAAUGAGGGCAGCAAGGUCACUGGGAGAGAGAACUGUCACUGAACUCAUUUUACAACAUCAAAACCCACAGCAGCUUUCAGCUAAUCUGUGGGCAGCUGUCCGUGCACGAGGUUGUCAGUUUUUGGGUCCAGCUAUGCAAGAAGAAGCUUUAAAGUUGGUCCUGCUUGCACUGGAAGAUGGAUCUGCCCUCUCGAGAAAAGUGCUGGUCCUUUUUGUCGUACAGAGGCUAGAACCACGUUUUCCUCAGGCAUCUAAAACCAGUAUUGGCCAUGUUGUGCAGCUGCUGUAUCGUGCUUCAUGUUUCAAGGUUACAAAAAGGGAUGAAGAUUCUUCUCUAAUGCAACUGAAAGAAGAGUUUCGGAGUUAUGAAGCCUUGCGCAGGGAGCAUGAUGCACAGAUUGUCCACAUAGCCAUGGAGGCAGGACUUCGAAUCUCUCCAGAACAGUGGUCUUCCUUGCUUUAUGGUGACUUAGCGCACAAAUCUCAUAUGCAGUCCAUCAUUGAUAAGCUUCAGUCACCAGAAUCCUUUGCAAAAAGUGUUCAAGAACUGACCAUUGUCCUGCAGAGAACAGGAGAUCCAGCUAACUUAAACCGCUUGAGGCCCCAUCUGGAAUUACUGGCAAACAUUGAUCCAAAUCCAGAUGCAGCACCACCAACUUGGGAACAACUUGAAAAUGCCAUGGUAGCAGUAAAGACAGUGGUACAUGGGUUGGUAGAUUUCAUCCAGAACUUUAGCAAAAAAACUCAUGAAGCACCACAGCCACAGCCAAAUAGCAAGUACAAAACCAGUAUGUGCCGUGAUCUCAGACAGCAAGGAGGAUGCCCACGUGGGACAAAUUGUAAAUUUGCACACUCCCAGGAUGAGUUAGAAAAAUACAGAAUGAAAAACAAGAAGAUCACCGCUACAGUGAGGCCUUUUACUCUCCUAAAUAAAGCAGGAAUUAGCAGUGCAGUCAGCUCCACAACAGGAGGUGUCAUUUCUGUAACUGGAACUGCAGAAACCCCAGUGAAGGUGUUGCAGAGCACAAAUGGCACAGUCAGUACAGAAAGCAGUGUCCCACAGCUGGUUCCUCGCUCCGCAGACACUCCUCUGGAAAAUGCAAAGAAGGUUGCAAAAGAAGGACCAAAUGGUCUGAGUACAUCAGGGUCGCUCUCUGAUUCACUGCCUGAAAACAAAGUUGGCUCUCCGCCUAAGACCUCCAUAAGUCAAGUAACAUCUACCUCAACAAGUUCUCCUAAUAUUGGAGUUGACGUUAGUCCUUUGCAAUCAAAGUCUGGCCAAUUCAUAUCCAGAGUUUCUAUAUAUCCUCCCCAACAUUCAGAAAACAUUCAGUAUUUUGAAGACCCUCGUGUAUCUUAUGAAAUACCAACAUGCCCACAAGCAGGAGGAUAUUAUCAACCUCUUCCUGCAGUUCCAGCUGGUGUGACCUCCUGUAUUCCUCGCUAUGUGCGGACAAACAAUGUGCCUGAAUCCUCCCUCAAUUCUGUGUCAGUUCCUUACAAUGACCACUACAGUGCUUAUUCACCACGCGAGAGGAUUACUUCAUCUAAUUAUCCCCCACCUCCGCCACCACCACCCUCUCCUCAGCAGUAUGGAAGCGUUCCCAGUGUACCUUCUGGAAUGUAUGCCCCAGUUUAUGACAGCAGGCGUAUCUGGCGACCGCAUAUGUAUCAGAGGGAUGAUAUGAUAAGAAGCAACUCUUUACCGCCAAUGGAUGUAGUUCAUUCUUCUGUGUACCAGAAUCCUUUAAGGGAAAGAUACAAUUCACUGGACAGUUAUUGCUCUGUGGCAGGACAAUCCCAGAAUGAACAGAGGACUGUGCCUUUGCCUAGAGAUCCCUGUAAUCGAAUACAGCCAGACUUUGAUGAACCCUUAAGACGGAAAGUGGACCAGUGGCCACAUUACCAUACAUCAAAACCAUCAUUUGUUUCCUCUACUAUGUCAACAGCAACUCAUUCCCCAACCCCCCCAUCACCUCUUUUUAAUGUGGACUUUUGUGAGUUCCCUGAAAGUGCAAGUGGCCUUGUUGGUACAAAAUUUAAAGAUGAUCACCUGUCUCAUUAUUCUCCAUGGUCCUGUGGCACAAUUAGCUCUUGCAUCAGUGUGGUUGAAGCAGACCCAAAGGAUGUAAUUGCAAAUUCCAGUACAAAGGAACUAGAAAGUGGUGAUAUUACAAGAAGAAUAAACUUGUUUGAGCCUCAGAGACGGCCAAAGGAUGAAGAUCCAAUAAUACCUUUUGGUGAAGGACCUAUAAUUUCCAAGUGGGGUGCAAUUUCUAGGUCUUCGCGUACAGGCUAUCAUACCACUGACCCAGUGCAAGCUACUGCUUCCCAAGGAAGUACUACUAAGCCCAUAAGUGUGACAGAUUAUGUUCCUUAUAUCAGCCAUGCGGAUUCAAGGUGGAGUUCAUACGGGUCUGAUUCUGCUGUUCCUUCUCAGUCUAUAGAGAGGGACAGAUAUCUAGUUAGAGAGGUGGAGAGUCAAAGGAAGCAUUCCAGCACUGGAGAUCUUUUAAGUCUUGAGCUGCAGAACGCUACAAGUAAUUCUUUAUUGCUUCAGAGGGAAGCCAAUGCUUUGGCAUUGCAGCAGAAGUGGAAUUCUCUCGAUGAUGCUAGCCACCUUUCCUUGAACUUUUUAAGUAAGAAAAUUUUGCACAGUGGACAGAGAGACUUCAGUGAAGAUUCAACAGAUGCCAAGCCAGACCGAGAUAUUGAGUUGGAACUUUCAGUUCUUGAUGCUGAUGAACCUGAUAGUCAGGAUAAAAAACUGGAGGAAGUCUUAAAUAGGCAGCUAGGCAUUGAAGAUGAUGACUUGCCCAGUGGAACAGUUUCGGUAAAUGGACAUCAGCUAAAGCCACAUGGCCAAGAACCACUAAAACAGGAGGACCGAAGGUUGAAACAAAUGGGUGUAUCUAUUUGUGAAGAACAGAUGAUGAUACCUAUUUCCUCCUUCCUCAUGCAGCCUGUGGUAACUUCAGGUUCCAUCAGCGGUUGUCCAGCUGUGAACAAGUCUGUCAACAUCAGCAGCUUGGUUCUGAAAACAGCAGGACUCAGGAUUUCAGGAGAUAAGGAAGACUUUGUGAAAUCUGCCCCAAAUGGCAAGAUUCUGCUGAACAGCAGCUGAAAGUUAUCUGUCAUGCAUUUGUAGGAGCAACACCAGGAAAGCAAUUAUACUUGCUUUUUUAUAUUAAGAUUUUUUUUAAUAAAUGGGGGCAUCUAUUUGCUGUGGACUUUUUGAUACGUUAAGCCCUCUUAAAUUAGCUUUCUGGAGAACAGACUUUGCGUUGUUAAGAUAAUGUGUUCAUUUUCCACUGGUGCUUGGAAUAUGAAUGUCCAUUUUACUUAAGCUUAAAUCAGCCUUUUUAUUAGUCCAUAGCAAUCAAGUGCAGUAACUUAGCCAUUCUUGUCUACAAUGGCUUAUUUAGAGAAUAGAACAACUCAGUUAUUAACUAGCAGGAUCCUGCAGAAGUGCAUCUAGUGAAAGUUAAAUAGGACUUUUAUCUCCCACCCUCUUUUUUUAUAUGUUUGUUUUUGUGAGUAUGCCGUGUGUAGCAUCUCAGAAUUUUUGAUGCAGUAAUGGUUUGGAAUGCUUUUCAAGCUGUUGAAAAAUUACUAGCAUGGUACUUCAUGUGAAAAGUUUUACCCCACUUGUUGAGGGGUAAGAGAUAUCUAUACCAUAUUUUUACAGGAGUUUCACCCAGAAGUUUACAUUUCAUUAUUUUGUUUUUUUCCAUUAAAUCCAUUGGCAAAUGUGCUUGACAUAUUUGCAGUUGUAAAGUAAAUGAAAGAUCCAUAAACACAUGCCAUCUGUCAAAAUCAUUAUUAUUUUAAUGCAGUAGUCCUUGGAAAUUAUAAAUCUGAUUGGCUGACUCAAAUCUGUAGAGCUGUAAUAACUGAAAACCCUGAUACAGAACAGAUUUUAAAUCUUGGAUGUAUUAUUAAACAGUAGCCUAAGGAAUUCCAGCAUUGUUUCUAUCCUUAAUCGACAAGUUUGAGGGUAGUCACUUUGUGUCCAACUGUGUCAUAUUACCUCAAGGUACUGUAUCCUGUGGUAGUGCCUUAACAGUUUAAAAAAAGGCUACACUGCAAUGUAAAUGUAACUUUACUUUGAAUGAUAAUAUGGAAGAGUAUUGCCCAGGAAUUAAACUUGCACUGUGAAACUCCUGUGCAUUUAUCAUUUGCACUAAUAAGCUAAUUAUGUCCUUGCUUUCUACUUAAUAAAAUUAAGUCAGGGUUUUCUGUUGUACUGUCUUGGCUGAACAUUUCCAGCAAUUGCUGUUUUUGGUGGUGGUUGCUGAUCAGCAUCUUGCAGUUUGUAACAUGGCUCAGAACUGGCAGCUAGUAUUAAUAGUAGCAUGGCAGAGUUGUAGUUCAGCUGUUAACUUUGCUGUUGAUUUUGUUUGUUUACUGAGGUUAUAAGCAGUAUCCAUGUGUAAUCCCGAUAGAGAAAAAGCCUGCAUGGUUCCUUUCAACUGUUUCAAGGUCAUAGUGAUUCAAAGGUUUUUAAUCAUUUGCCCCGUUGAAUCACACUUGUCUUGUUCAGGGUGAUACAGUACAUAAAAUGCUCUAUUACUUUUCCAGCUGCAAGCCCAGUGUUGUCUGUAUUCAUGCAGUUUUCAGUUAACUUUGCUGUAGGAAAUGUUGCCUUCUGAUGUUUCCUCUUUCUGCACAAAUGUUUUUGUUCUUUUUGUCCUUCAUUUGGUGUCUAGUGGGUGAGUAGCUCAGGGAAGGGUGAGAAGUCCAACAGCAGCAUUUCUUUGCCAUGGUCAGCCCUUCCUCCCGUCCAUGAAAUCAAACAGUGACAGUUGUGCCAGAAAAAGUGCCCUGUCCUGUAGCAUUAAUUUCUGUUACAUUUAGUGUCUCAUCCGUUAGAAUACAAUUUUGAUUUUUUUUUUUUUUUUUGGCUUUUUCAGUCAAAGUCAGUGUUUUUUUUAGUAAUUUGUUGCAUUGACUGUACUUGUG